UCGUCCUCCUAAGCGGAAAGCCCUAAACCCUGUUAGAAGCAGAGCCCCGGAUGCUCGCCUCUCUCGACCCCUUUGCGGCUUGCUUUUAAUUCUCAUAUUUCUGAGUCUUUGGUCUUCAAUGGCCCUCUAUUUACUUCAUGAAUCGGCUUCUGGCUUUGCUCUGUUCCAUGCUCAUGGCCUUGACGAAAUAGGGCAGAACACCGAAGCGGUACGGAACUCUGUUUCGGACUUGAACCGCUUCGGGAAGGUCGUGCAGCUUGCGGCUUUUCUUCCAUUUGAGUCCGCACUGGAUGCCCUCAAACAGUGUAACGCUGUCUCUGAAGGCUUAUUGACUGAUGAGUUGAGGAGCUUUCUGGAGCUCAAUCUUCCUAAAGUCAAGGAAGGUAAGAAGGCGAAGUUCAGCUUAGGAGUAGCAGAUCCUAAGAUUGGUUCACAGAUUGCUGAGCUAACUAAAAUUCCUUGCCAAAGUAAUGAGUUUGUGGGUGAGCUGCUUCGUGGUGUGCGACUUCAUUUUGAUAGGUUUAUGAAGGACCUCAAGCCAGGAGAUUUGGAAAAAGCACAGCUUGGUCUGGGGCACAGUUAUAGCAGGGCAAAGGUGAAAUUUAAUGUCAACCGAGUUGACAACAUGGUCAUUCAAGCAAUUUUCCUUCUUGAUACACUCGAUAAGGAUAUUAAUUCCUUCGCAAUGAGAGUCAGAGAAUGGUACUCAUGGCAUUUUCCUGAACUUGUGAAGAUUAUAAAUGACAACUAUCUGUAUGCCAAGGUGGCAAAAUAUAUUGAGGAUAAGUCGAAGUUGGCAGAAGACAAAAUCCCGGGCUUAACGGACAUAGUCGGAGAUGAGGAUAAGGCAAAGGAGAUAGUUGAAGCUGCCAAGGCAUCUAUGGGCCAGGAUUUGUCCCCAGUGGACUUGAUCAAUGUCCAGCAAUUUGCACAGAGAGUAAUGGAUCUAUCUGAGUAUAGAAGGAAGCUUUAUGAUUAUCUGGUUACUAAGAUGAACGACAUUGCACCAAACUUGGCCUCUUUGAUUGGCGAAGUUGUUGGUGCUCGAUUGAUUUCCCAUGCCGGUAGUCUCACAAAUUUGGCUAAGUGCCCCUCUUCUACUCUUCAAAUUCUUGGUGCAGAGAAGGCCUUAUUCAGGGCAUUGAAGACCAGAGGAAACACUCCUAAAUAUGGCCUGAUAUUCCAUUCAUCUUUUAUCGGUCGUGCAUCUGCUAGAAAUAAGGGGCGAAUGGCACGAUAUCUUGCAAACAAGUGUUCAAUUGCAUCACGCAUUGACUGCUUUUCUGAGAGUGGCACUUCUGCUUUUGGGGAGAAACUCCGCGAACAAGUUGAGGAGCGACUUGACUUUUAUGACAAGGGAGUUGCCCCACGUAAAAACAUAGAUGUCAUGAAGUCUGCUAUCGAGAGUGCUCAAAACAAAGACACGCAGAUGGAGACAGAAGUGCCUGUUGAAGUAUCUAGCAAGAAAAGUAAGAAGAAGAAGUCAAAAGGUUCUGCUGAUGAAGGUGAAGACAUGGUUGUGGAUAAGCCCACAGAAAUUACAAAUGGCGGUGCAUUGGAGGAUCAUAAAUCGGAAAAGAAGAAGAAAAAGAAAGAAAAGAAGAAAUUGGGUCAGGAGAUGGAGCUGCAGGAUGAGGAAGGUGGAGGAGACAGGGCAACUACAAAUGGUGGUGCAGGGGAGGAUCACAAGUCAGAAAAGAAGAAGAAAAAGAAAGAGAAGAGGAAAUUGGACCAGGAGAUGGAUGAGGACGGUGCUAUUGGGGUUGAAAAUGAGCAGCAGGAAACAACUAAAAAGAAAAAGAAGGAAAAAAGAGAUGACGGGGAAGUAUAUGAGAAUGAUAAGGAGACAAAAAAGAAGAAAAAGAAGAAAUCGAAAAGUGCGGAUGGUGAGUAGCUAGUAAACUAGCUGCGAAAAUAGGUGUCUUGUCACGAAUGACGGUAAAUUUAUUAGUUAGUUUUGAAUGCAUUCUGGAUGCUGGAGCUUGCUGUAGGUUGUCUUUUAUCCUUCAUGGCGUAAAACUUGGUCCCUCAAGUCUGUGCAUCAUUUUAAUAUCCCGUGCUUUUGUUAGAAACACAUGGCCUGAUGAGGUCUGCCAGGAUCGUAUAAACUUUCUUCCGAGGGAUCCAAUUGAAAGAUUAAACCUACGAUUGUUCUCCUGCAGCA